AUGGCUUCUGCACAAUUUCAGAUUUUAUCUAUUCUCUGUCGAAUAUCACGUCAAGCUGUAAUCGAUGCUCUCAAAGAAUUUGCUGCAACGACAAUAUUAUCACCAAGUGCAUUAUCACGCGAUGUAAUCAGCACAUAUAUAGGCACGUCUAUUGAACAAUUCCAGGAAACAACAGUUGACAGUUUCCGUUCACACAUUCAUUUUACAUUAUCUCUUCUUGCAGAACAUCAUUUUAUAUCGGCAUUAAGAACAAAUUUCUAUACAAGAGGUGUUGUUGAUGGCAAUAAUUUUGUAACUUUUCCUGCCAUUUAUCCACAACAAAUCGAUCCAACUAAAUCGUCAUCGAUAUUGAAUGAAACAUGUCAAUGUGAUCGUACAAAUAAUUGUAUUUAUCCUGCUGGUAUUUAUAAUCAAACGCGAUCUAUCAUUCCGAAUGAAGUCUUUUCACUUGAUGUAUCACCUCUAUUCAUGAUACCAGAAUUUCAAGUAGGAUGUCUACCACAAAAUGCAUUGUUUCAAUCAACAUUGGAAUGCUUUUACAAUCAAACUUGUUUAGAUAUUGUGAUUUCGUUGACUGGUGCUCUUCGCACUGUCUCAUCUCUAAAUAUAUCAAACUCUUUUUCACGAUUCAGUCCAACAACAACAAUUGCUGUGCUUUUUGAUAAUCUAAUGAUUGAGUCUUGGAAGAACUCUAUUGAUUUUGCUACUUAUUUUCGAACUUGUGCACCUAAGAUCUGUUCAUAUUCAUAUGUACAACGGUUUUUUCUCAUUUACAUGAUUGCAACCAUAGUUAGUGUCUUUGGUGGAAUUCGCGUGGCAUUAUAUAUAGCAUCUCCAUUGUUUGUCAAAUUCAUUUUAUACUUAUGUCGCCGACGGGUUUCAAUGCAA